AUGGGCAAUCGCCAAGUUGAUGCCCUGUUUCAUGAUAUUGCCGGAGUCCUCCAAAGACUCCAGUCAUGGCGUCUCCCGCGCUCCGUUACGGGGUGGGGCUCCGUGACAUUUACAGACACGGCAGAGAUCCGCAGCUCGGCCGCUCCCAUCGGACCUCAACAGCCGUGUGCCUCCCUCGGAGAUUGGUUGACCUGCUCGGCUCUCCAUAGGCUCCAACUUGCCGAUGAGAGUCGAAUCAUUGAAGGCUGGGAGCUUCAUGGUUUGAGGGACCGUAUCCUCAACUAUGUGCGCUAUGGCAUUCCUCGUCUCGUGCAGGCGCUUGAGAACCCUGAUCAUAGGGUUUUAACCCACGGCAGUCUUUCUUGCGACAAUCUUCUUUGUGACGAGAGAACAGGGCAACUGACUGGGGUUCUCGGCACCAAUCGAGCCAUUGUAACGCAUCCCUUCCAAGAAUUCCUGUCCUCCUUCUUUGUCGGAUCCGAGCUUACCAUCUUGCCGUACGAUUCAGGUCCACUAAAUCUGGAGCAUGAGUCCUUGCGGUUUUAUGACGAUCUCUUCUGCAGGGCGUUGGAAUUUCACGGCGUCAUGACCCCACGUGCUAUUCGUGGCUUCAGGGACGCUUUUGCCCACCAAGUCCUGACGGUUUCCAUCCUCCCUGGCCGCCUCACGCAAAGGUGCGAGUUUCUUGAUAUCGUACCCGAAUACAGACGUGACGGUGAAAGGGACGAGUCCGCAGCCCUGUUGAACCAAAACUUGUCAGAAUUGGGCUUCUAA